AUGACCCAAUCUUCCUUCCUCUUCGACGAGACUGAGUUUUGUCUUGAUCAGUCCUGGAUUGUCAGGGCUGAAUAUGAUCCUUCGACCCUCAUCACCCUAUCCGGAUCACGGCCAUAUCCGCUGACUCCAUCCACCAUGUCUGAUUGUUCGAGAGUUACAGAUACGGAUACUGCACUCUUUAUCUCCAAUGCCCUGCUGGAAAUGAGUAAUUCUCAGCUCCUCUGGGUGUGGACAUUUCGAUUUUUCGCCCAGCCACUGGCGUACCCAGAGCAUGCCUCUGAACUCUUAUUACUGUUGAUAAACAUCAAGGAAUAUACUAUUUGGGCAGCGGAUCGUUCUCACCCAAUAUUUCUCAUGUUGGUACAGUCGAAACUGCAGGGACAUGCCUUCGAGAAGCUGCCAACGAACUGCCUCGUCUCAAGUAACGACUCAAAAGACUGGAUCAGUACCAAAUCUUGUGCAUUAGUGAGCCGUCUCGACUCGCGGCAGUCAGGUUGUUUUGCCGGCUCCCCUCUCAAGCUGCCCCAGAUAUGGAAAAGGUGA